GAAGUUAGAUAAAGUCGGUCAAACUCAACAGUUUGAGUUUUCUUAAAAAAACACCGUUGUUGAGAGUUCUGUUCUUCCGGUUUCUAAAACAGGAAUCAAAAAAGAAAAAGCGAAAAACUCUUUGAUUUGGCUAAUUUUAUUUCUUUUAUUUCUUUUGUUCAAAAUAGUUAAACCCAUAUCAGAUUUUUGACAGAAAAGAACUCCUAGAGAUGGCGGGAAACGGGUGGAACAGAAGCGUUGAGAUUGCGUGGAUUGCGGUGGGUUUGUUUCUAUGGAGUUUGAAAGAAGCAGAAGGGGUGAGAUUUGUGAUAGACAGAGAAGAAUGCUUAUCUCAUGACGUCAAGUUCGAAGGUGACACUGUUCAUGUCUCUUUCGUCGUGAUUAAGGCUGAUUCCCCUUGGCAUUUUAGCGACGAAGGCGUCGAUCUUGUGAUAAAGGGACCUUCCGGAGAUCAGGUUCAUGAUUUUCGUGACAAGAUAAGUGAAAAAUACGAGUUUGUUGUCCACAAGAAAGGGAUUUACCGUUUCUGCUUCUAUAACAAAUCUCCUUAUCAUGAAACCAUCGACUUUGAUGUACAAAUCGGGCAUUUUGCAUAUAACGACCAGCAUGCAAAAGAUGAACAUUUUACUCCAUUGAUGGAGCAGAUAUCAAAGUUGGAGGAAGCUCUUUAUAACAUCCAAUUCGAACAGCAUUGGAUAGAGGCUCAGACUGACAGACAAGCAAUAGUGAAUGAUAGCAUGGGCCGUCGAGCAAUUCACAAAGCAAUGUUUGAAUCAGCUGCACUUAUUGGGGCGAGCAUCCUUCAAGUUUACCUUAUGAAACGCUUAUUUGAACGAAAACUUGGAACAUCCAGAGUCUAAACCUCUUACACCUAUUAACUGCCAUGGGUGUUUGUUGAUUUUGGCAUGGCAAGCUCGAAGUUUGUGGUUUCUGGGUUUAACUAGCAGUUGUUUAUACCUAAUUUUACUUCGACUAUGGCGUUGCCAUUUCCACCUGAGUUAUGACAAUGUCUAGAAAUGGUUUUACAGAGAGCAAUUCAAGGAUGUUCCGGCAUUAGAGAGAUGUCGAUUUCUUUUCUGCCUCACUGGAUAAGUGAAAUUUGUUUUUGAAUGAUGGCUUCUUUUUUUUUUUUUUUUCCCUUUUUCUGCUAAAUUAUUGUAUUCAUUUUUAGUUCUUAACGUCAGUAGUUCCCAUUGAGUUUUCAGCAUAGUUAUGUUCGUUCUUUCAUAUAAUUUGUUCUUCAUCUUUCUCUAAGAAAUAUAAAAACCAGAAUGGCUGUAACUGCUAAAUUGAAUGAAAUAGUGCCUCACUGUAUCUAGCUUGAGCCAAUCAGUAACAUUGUUGAAUCAAAACUGGUUUAAGCACCCUGAUUACCCCGCCAUGGUGCUAGGCAGCUUUACCUUUAUACUAAAUUUGCAACAAAGUCAAAUCUGAAACUUAAUUCAACUAGUCGAUAUAGCCACUUUUCAAAAAU